CCUUCUUUCUCUGUCGAAGUCUAUCCAAAAUCCCCAAAUCUCCGAACUUUUGCCCUUUUCCUCUGAUUUCCUCCUCUCUUCCUCUCCGUUUCCUUCUAGGUUUUGCCUCUAUGGCUCAAUUGAUGGUCAGCAGCGGCAUGAGAGACGCGCGCAUCGUCGGAGACUACAUCCUCAGUCGCCGGAUCGGGUCGGGAUCCUUCUCCGUUGUCUGGUAUGCUCGGCAUCGUGUUCGUGGCACCGAGGUCGCCGUGAAGGAGAUCGUCAUGGAGAGACUUAGCAAGAAGCUUCAGGAUAGUCUUCUCUCUGAGAUCGACAUCCUUAAGCGCAUCGAUCAUCCUAAUGUCAUCUCUCUCCAUGAUAUCAUCAAGGCUUCUGGGAGGAUUUACCUCGUGUUGGAGUACUGUAGGGGUGGGGAUCUAUCGAUGUAUAUACAGCGUCGUGGAAGAGUGCCUGAGGAUGUUGCGAGGCAUUUCAUGCAACAGUUAGCUGCUGGCUUAAUGGUGCUCCGGGAGAACAAUUUGAUUCAUCGAGACCUAAAGCCUCAGAACUUACUCCUUUCAACAAAUGAUGAGAGUUCUAUAUUAAAAAUUGCAGACUUUGGCUUUGCAAGGUCUUUACAGCCCCGUGGCCUGGCUGAAACCCUGUGUGGUUCCCCUCUUUAUAUGGCUCCAGAAAUAAUGCAGCUUCAGAAGUAUGAUGCGAAGGCAGAUCUUUGGAGUGUUGGCGCCAUCUUAUUUCAACUUGUAACAGGCAAAACACCAUUUACUGGAAAUAAUCAAAUAGAGUUGCUGAAAAAUAUCAUCAAAUCAAAUGAACUAUGGUUCCCUUCCAAUAUCAAUUUGAGCUGUGAUUGCAUUGACUUGUGCCAGAAGUUACUACGUCGUAAUCCCGUUGAGCGUUUAACAUUUGAGGAGUUCUUUGUCCACCCAUUUCUUUCUAAAGGCCAACCAGAUGAAUUAUUAAGCCAGGCAUCACCAAUUACAAGGGAUAGCUGCACUUUGGUUGAAUCUAGUCCUGCAAGGCACUCUGAAGGGAGUUCUCAAGAAGAUUGCCUUCCUUUCAUCCUAGAUGAUGACUCCAGUGGACAUGAUGUGAGCCCAUCUGUUGUCAUGAAAAAUGCCUCAAGAAGAUCCACAUAUGGGUUCUCUGUUGACAAUAAGCUAGAUGAAAGUCCUGUUUGCUCCCCCUCUCCUGUUUGCUCCCCCUCAAGAAACAUGGAUAAUCCCUCCAGAUAUAGUAAUGCCAUCCGAAGAUCAGAAACUACCAGUUCCAGGAAUGAUUCAUAUCGAUACCUUGAUGGAAGUGUCAAGGGAGAUCAGAUAUUGUCAAACCAGAAACUCAAUCAGAUUCCUCCUGAAGAUCCUAGCGUUGUAGAUUCAUUGGAAUUUGUUGACCAGGAAUAUGUCCUUGUCUCGGGGCCUCCACUUGAGCUGCCAUCAUUGUCAACAAGUGCAUCACGGCCAUGCAAUUUACCAUGCAAAUUGGGAAGUUCACCUGGUGCAUUCAAGACUAGGGCAUUAAGUGCACCAAUGCCUAUAAUUGGUGCAGUAACAUCUAACAGCCGUCCUAUUGGAAGUCUGGGAAGUCACGGUUCCCCAGCAUCUGGGACUUCACAAGGAUCCAUGGAUGUCUGUGAUGCCAUGGAGCAGCCAUCAACUGACUGCAUGACAAGGAUUCGAUCAUUGCAGAAGUGUGCAUCUGUCAUAACUGAUUUGGUGAAUCAGAAGAUUGAAGAUGGCAGUCGAUUGGAGAAUCAAAAUCGUGCAUAUAGCUGUAGACUGGAGGCCUUUUCAGUUCAACUAGUUCUUCUUGCAAUUUGGAAGCAGGCUCUACAUAUUUGCCAUGCUCAGGCGGCCUCAGCUAUGGAAGGAAGUCCGUCUCAAGAGGUUGGACAAAGGGUAUCAUACAACAAGAAUGCUUCUAAUUCACAGGGUAUUGGCAGCAUUUACCAGCCAUGGCUAGAUUCUGUUUGUCAACAAAUUGAAAAAGAAUUCCUUCUUGAGGUUGACCAUGCUGAAAAUCUUGCCCAGGAUCUUGGGCAAGUUGAUGAAACUACUGAAAUGCCAGAUGCCAUUGAGAUAAUAUUCAGAUCUGCUCUUGACCUUGGCAAACAUGGCGCGGUCAACGAGAUGAUGGAUCAUGUGGAGAGAGCAGAAGCACAGUAUUCCCAGGCAGUACAAUUGCUGUAUUUUCUUUUGGUUGAAGCACCAUCUCUCAUACUAAAUCCACCAUUUUCCCUCACCAACUCUGAUCGUUACCGCAUCCGCACCUACAUUGACAUCCUAAACAACAGGCAAGGCCAGUCCAGGUCGCAGAGGGUGGCUCUUCUCAAAUGUGAGGAUCAAUAGUACCCCGUAAACCAACUCAUCAAGCGGGUGUCUUGAAGCUGUGCCACCCGCUUGUUCUGUAUGUAAUAUUCUUUUAUUAUUUGUAUAUAUAUCACUUUAGGCUAGGGUUCAUGAUCUGCCAUUUCAGCUCCUGAUCUUCAUGUGUAAUAUAGUUAUCUCUACCAGUGAUUGGGAUUUGGGAUUGAUUUAUCUAUCAUUCCAUGCCAUUCUUGCUGCUCUUGCUACCAGAGCCUGUUAAAUUUGCAAAUUUCAAUUGUAAUUUACAGGUCCGUUUUGUGCUGUAAUGAUCAAGAGUGAUGAAAUGUUUCUUGGUUAGUUUC